GUUGUAAUUCGUCCAAUCCAUCUUGAGAUGAGAUCGGGAGCAGUACCACCGUGUCCGCUCUCCAGCCCAAACCCUAAUCCCGAUGCUCCCCCUUCGCCGGCGAUGACACCGCGUGUGCCGCCGUUCCGCCAUUACCCAGCGCACCUUGUCCUCAGCGACGCCGUUGCUGCCUGGCACCCCUUCCACAAGAAACAAUGCCUCUCCGAUCGCUCCACCGCUCCCCCCUCCGCCCAACUCGCGGACGCAGCCUCCGCGGAAGCCGCAACCCCUCCCCCUUCCGUCGGUGGUAGCGGAGGAUCCUUCCGGUGGCUCGGGCUCCGCAAGCGCCGGCGCCGCGGAGGAGUCUCCCGGUCGGUCUCUGGCCGCAGUAGCGACCGCCGGAGAUCCGGCACGUGCUCCGAUUUCCACGUCACGUGCGGUCCCGGUGGUGGUGGCGCCACGGAUUCCAGUGGGGAGAUGUGGGCAUCGGAUGUUGGGGAGUUGCGGGCAAGGGACGUUCCUAUGGCGCCGGAGUUCGCCUCGCCACCCGUUGGAGGGGCUGGAUCAGGGGCUGGUGGGACGGCUACUGGGGUGGAGACGGCAGCGACCGAGUCCGGCUACGGAAGCGAGCCUGGGUACCGUGGGGAUGUGGAACUUGGGUACGGGGAUGAGAUAGACGAGGAGGAGGAGGACGGGAGGCAGCAGGUGUUCUUCUGGGGCGGUGAGAUCGGAGACUGCAUCGCCGAUAUGGACAAGAUGGCCAUUGUUGGUGACAAUAAUUUUGGGGAGCAGAAGAGUCAUCACCGAUGCAGGCGAAAGAAGCAUGAUGUGAGGAUGUUGGAUGCCUUGAAAUGACAAGGUUAAUAACGCUGGUAAAUAUCUUGAUAUGUGUUGUCUCAUGGCUUGUGUGCCCGAGGCAAGUUCUCCGGUGGAACUAGUUAUUACUGGUGUCUCGCUAUGUGUUAGCUGUUUCCGGACAACUAUUAGUUUCUGAACAUGUAGAUCUUGUGUAGGAAUGUUUCCAAAGAAUUCUGUACAUACCUAGUAUCAUUUGAACUGCUACGCGUAGUGCUUUACUGGUGGAGUUUACUUUUAUUAUGCAUUCA